CCGGCGCUUCCAGGAGGAGCCCCCGAAACGCCCUACUUGGAGGAAGGGAAAGAAAAAAAAACAGGGGUAGGGAGGAGAUUUUGGGAGACGGAGAGGCGCUGCCCGCUUGCCAGCCUUCCGGCCGCUUCUGAGCGUGUAGGAGCGCAGCUGCCGCCUGGAGGGCGAGUUCCUUGGGCAGCUUUGAGGACUCUGGGCGAGGAAGGGGGUCUCCUUUGGAGGAGGGGGGCGGAGGAGUGCCGGCCAGCCUCGUGGGCAUUGCAGAACCGGCGUCAAGGCUGCUGGCGGCGUCGGGGCUGGUCCAGAGCCUUUCUGGUCUUCCUCCUCCCCUUUAAAAAGCACCCCCAGCCUCAGCGCCCCAUCGGGUCCUUUGCCUCCGCCUUGCAGAUCCCAAGAAGGAGAAAAGACCCCCUUCCGCGAAAGCCAAGACACGCGCGAUGGGAACUUAAGACGGGGCGGAGAAGACGGUCCGGAUCUUGGCCGAGGAAGGAGGACUACCGGAGGCUCGCGGGAUGGCGGGCAGCGGCGCUGCUUAGCCCCCCGACUCGCUCCAUCACCUCUGGCGCCGCCGUCCGCUCCUUCGCGCCCCCUCGCUUGGGGGGACACCCCGGGAGAGAGAUGAAGACCAAGGGAGACGCCAGGGAGGGGUCUGCCGCCGCCGCCGCCGCCUCCUCCCUUCUGCCGGCCCCGCAUGGCUCCGGGCAGGACCCCUUUUCCCGCAAGCAAACCGUCGAAGCGCUCGACCUCUCCUUGGAGGGGAUCCUGUAUCCCAAAAGCAGCGACGACGAGGAGGAGGAGGAAGGAGAGGAGGAUGAAGAGGGAGAGGACGAAGCGGCGGCGGCCGGAGAGCGGAACGGGACGGCCUCCCUGGUGCCGGGGAGCCCCCCGUCGGACAAGGACGCCCUGGAGAGGGUCCUCGACACCUUCUUGGCCCCCUCCUCCGGCCAGGCCAACGCGGGCAGCCCCUCGGCCGCCAUGCCCUGGGCUUUCUUCAGCGCCGAGAUGCUCAACUCGGCUUACUUCGCCGCCCGGACGCGGCAGCUGUUGGACGUGGAGGAGUCGCCGGCCGGCGCCCUCCACGAUUUCGCCGCUUACGCCUAUUCCCCCAAAGAAGGGCCGCAGGCGGCGUACCUCUUCCCGGCCGCCGGCGGAGACUUCCCGCCGAACUUCAAGAUCAAGGAAGAGACCCUCCUGGCGGCGGCGGCGGCGAAAACCUCGACGGGAGGUGCGGCCGGAGCGCUUCCCGGCGCCGAUUACGCCGCCCAAGGUGCUGCUAACGCCGGACAGGCCAAAACUGACAUGAGCACCGAGGCUUCCUCCUCCUCCUCCUCUCUGGAGUGCAUCCUGUACAAGGGAGAAGCGGCUGGGGUGGCUGCUCCUGCGCCUGGAGGUUCCGCUGCCCUCUCUUACGGACUAGCGCCUUGCAAAGCCUCAACCAGUUGCAUAGUACAGAGGGACAGUCUCAGCUUGCCCUCAACGUCCAACGCGGUGGCCUCUCAGCCUCUCUACCAGCCCAUGGCCUUUCACAGUCCGCAACAGCUGGCCGGCUUCAAAGAGGGCUUAUCCCAGUUCUACUCACCUUAUUUGAGCUAUAUAAGGUCUGAUACAGAAGCUGGCCAGAGCCCCCAGUACAGUUUUGAAUCCUUGCCGCAGAAGAUAUGCCUCAUCUGUGGGGAUGAAGCAUCAGGCUGUCACUACGGAGUCCUCACUUGUGGGAGCUGCAAAGUUUUCUUCAAGAGAGCGAUGGAAGGUCAACAUAACUAUUUAUGUGCUGGCCGGAAUGACUGCAUAGUGGAUAAAAUUCGUCGAAAGAACUGUCCCGCUUGUCGCUUGAGGAAGUGCUGCCAAGCUGGCAUGGUCCUUGGAGGUCGAAAGUUUAAGAAGUUUAAUAAGGUCAAAGUUCUAAGAGCACUUGAUAUGGUUGCACUCCAGCAGCCCACAGUCCACCCGAAUGAAAGCCAAGCUCUUGCCCAGAGGCUCUCCUUUUCUCCAACCCAAGACAUCCAGUAUAUCCUUCCACUGAUUAAUGUCUUACAAGGCAUCGAGCCAGAAGUUGUCUAUGCAGGUUAUGACAACACACAACCGGAAACUCCGAGUGCUUUGUUGACCAGCCUUAAUCAACUGUGCGAGAGACAGCUCCUCUGCGUUGUCAAGUGGUCCAAGUCUUUACCAGGAUUUCGGAACUUACAUAUUGAUGAUCAGAUAACUCUUAUCCAGUAUUCAUGGAUGAGCCUAAUGGUAUUUGCCAUGGGAUGGCGGUCCUAUAAGCAUGUCAGUGGCCAGAUGCUGUACUUUGCUCCUGAUUUAAUCCUAAACGAACAGAGGAUGAAGGAAUCAUCGUUCUAUUCACUGUGCUUGUCCAUGUGGCAAGUCCCACAGGAGUUGGUCAGGUUACAAGUCACCUGUGAAGAGUUCCUCUGCAUGAAAGCUUUGCUCCUCCUCAAUACAAUACCUUUGGAAGGCCUGCGGAGCCAAACCCAGUUCGACGAAAUGAGGGCGAGUUACAUCAGAGAGCUGGUCAAGGCCAUUGGGUUGCGACAGAAGGGGGUUGUGGCCAGUUCCCAGCGUUUCUAUCAGCUUACAAAACUCAUGGACUCCAUGCAUGAUCUUGUGAAACAGCUCCAUCUAUACUGUCUGAACACAUUUCUCCAGUCCCGGGCGCUGAGUGUUGAAUUCCCAGAGAUGAUGUCAGAAGUGAUUGCCGCACAGUUACCCAAGAUCUUGGCAGGAAUGGUGAAACCGCUUCUCUUUCACAAAAAGUGAAAACACGUCUCCUCCCGUUCUCUUGUUUGUAAAGAUAAUGCAUACAAAUGCACAUUUAAAAAAAAUACGUGGAGCUGGGGGAAGGAUUUUAAGUGCUGAGAUACUUGCAGUCAUUGUCCCACUUCACAUGCAUACCAAAUUAUGGAUUGGAUCCACACUUAAUCAUACAUAGAGGAGACCCACUGAGAUUAAUGAAACACCUAUGGGUCUUCACUAACCUAGGUUUAAUUCAGUGAGCUUUACUCUAAAUGUGACUAAGUUUGCAUUCACCCCAUUUUGUCUGCAAGCCUUCAAAUGCUGCACCGUGUCCUCCAUAUGGUGGCCUUUUAAAUUCCUUUGCAAAGUGUAUUUUUUAAAGCAUGACCAAUGUUUGUCAUAAGACAUGUUUUAUAAUAGGCCUGAUUGGAUUUCUGCUGAGGAAUAUAUUAAAACCAUUUUUGUUUUGUUUUUUUAAACAGGAAUUUAUUACCUUGUACAUUUUCAUAUUAUUCAUUUUUAAAAUCUGGCAAUGGAGUAAAGCUUUAGCCUUGAAUACAUUUGUGUGUGUGUGUGUAUGUGUGUCCGCGCGCGUGUGUGUGUGUGUUUGGCUAUACGUGUAUAUGUACAUAAAUUUCAAAGAAUAUGAUGAAAUUAAA